GGAGUCGCCUGUGCGAGCGCACGAGGCGCAGGAAGCCAGCGGUCCCUCCACAACACUUCCUGGGCCCCCGCCCACCGCAGGAGGAGAGGAUCACUUGCGUCCGGAGAGCAGAGGAGAAGAACAAAUAGCUUCUUCCUCUUCUGCAGCUGGGGGCGUGCCUGCUGUCGACAGUCCGACUCAAGAGGGCACGGUGGGGAACGCCGCCGGGGCCCCACCGCCUGAGAGCGCGGUGCAACGAAGCCCGGUCCAGCGCGACAAUACCCCCGCAGCUACGGCAGUCGCUGGGGAAGCUUCAGAAGCGGCACAAGACACUGCCGGUGGCGGGGAAAGUAAUAACUUCGGAAGUAACAGCGGCAGCGGCCCCGCGGCGCAGCCGCAGCUCGCGAGUUCCGUGGGGACAAACGAAGGCGGUGGUGCACAACAAACGGAGCAGCUCGCAGUGCCCACACCCAAACAGAAACCCGAAACGAGUGGUGAGAGAGGAGAAGCCGCUCAGCCGGCAGCUGGGGCGGCUGCUCAAGCGGCAGCCACCACCAAUUCGACGACUGCAGCGAAGGCGGCGCCCGGCGACAGCGACGGCAGCACCGCCGCGGCCUCGCACUCCGCCUCCCCACUUGCGCUGCUUCUUCUGCUUGCGUGUGCGGCUGCCGCUGCGGUGCUGGCUGCGUGA